AUAUCUUCUGAACUCUGACAUAUAUGUAGCAAAAUUUCUCUUUAUUGUCUGGAAUACACAGAAAAUUAUAUUUGCAUAUUAAUUAAUCGUUUAGCAUUAAACCUGGCCGUAUCAGUCCCAAACGUUCAAGCUAUUUUACGUUAAAACUGCCCACAUCUGGCCUCUUCCACUCACCCUGCAAUGUCAUUCUAAACAUAAACAAUCACAUCAUUGAAAUCUUAAAGCAAUAAGAUAAUGAAUGAUUAAUUCAGAAGAAUUUGAAUAAAUAAUCAUUAGAUUUGACAGUGUAAUCUGCGUGUUAAUGAGUUAAAGUAAUUAAGAAGGCAGUUUGCAGCAUCUUCAGAUAUUAACAAAGAUCACUUUUGAUGGAGAUAUAUCAGUAGAAAUAUUUGAUGUGAGCAAUAUAUGAGAAGAAGGAAAACCUUUGUGUACUGUGACGAGAGAAAGGAAAAUCAUGGAAAAGGAAUUUUGUGAAAGAACUGAUUUUUCUGAUGAUGUAAACAAUGAAAAGGGCAAAAUAUCAUAUGAUUGUGAUAUUUGUGGUAAAUUCUUCUCUAGGAAAGCUAGCUUACUCAUUCACAAACGCAUUCAUACAGGAGAGAAGCCAUAUCAUUGUGAUAUCUGUGGUAAGUCCUUCUCCCAGACUGGUUCUAUAAUUAUUCACAAGCAUAAUGUUCACACAGGAGAAAAACCAUAUUGCUGCGAAAUCUGUGGUAAAUCAUUCUCACAAGGUAAUGACCUGACUAAGCACAGAUGCGUUCAUACAGGUGAGAAGCCAUGUCACUGUGAUACCUGUGGUAGAUCGUUCUUUCGAAAUCAUGUCUUGGCUAGGCACAGACGCAUUCAUACAGGAGAGAAGCCAUAUCAUUGUGAUAUCUGUGGUAAGUCCUUCGCUCAGACUAGUUCCGUGACUAUCCACAAGCGUAACGUUCACACAGGAGAAAGACCAUAUCGCUGUGAAAUCUGUGGUACAUCAUUCUCUCGAAAUAAUGGCUUGACUAGGCACAGACUUAUUCAUACAGGAGAGAAGCCAUAUCACUGUGAUAUUUGUGGUAAAACAUUCACUCAAAAUAAUGGUUUGACUAGGCACAGACGCAUUCAUACAGGAGAGAAGCCAUAUCACUGUGAUAUCUGUGGAAAAUCAUUCUCUGAAACUAGUCCCUUAAGUAUUCACAAGUGUGUUGUUCACACAGGAGAAGAACUAUAUAACUGUGAAUUCUGUGGUAAAUCAUUCUCUCAAAAUAAUGACUUGGUUAAUCACAAACGCAUUCAUACAGGAGUGAAACCAUAUCACUGUUAUAUUUGUGGUAAAUCAUUCUGUGAAGAUAUAAACUUAACUAAUCACAUACGUAUUCACACAGGAGAGAAGCCAUAUCAGUGCUAUAUCUGUGGUAAAUCAUUCUCUCACGGACCCAAUUUAGCUGUUCACAAACAUGUUCAUUCAAGUGUGAAGCCAUAUCACUGUGAAAUCUGUGGUAAAUCCUUCUCUCGAAACGAUUACUUAACUUGCCAUAAGCGUGUUCAUACAGGAGAAAAGCCAUAUCAUUGUGAUAUUUGUGGUAAAUCAUUUUCUCAUAAUUAUACCUUGACUAUUCAUAAAUGCAUUCACACAGGAGAAAAACCAUAUCACUGUGAUAUCUGUGGAAAAUCAUUCUCUCAAACUAGUCCCUUAACUAUGCAUAAACGUACUGUUCACACAGGAGAAAAACCAUAUCACUGUGAAAUCUGUGGUAAAUCUUUCUCUCGAAACGAUACCUUAACCCAGCAUAAGCGUGUUCAUACAGGAGAAAAACCAUAUCAUUGUGAUACCUCUGGUAAAUCAUUUUCUCAAAAUAGUCAGCUGCUUAAUCACUGAUAUAUUCAUACUGGCGGAAAAAACCAUAUCUCAUGCGAAAUCUGUGGUAAAUCAUUCUUUCAAAAUAAAGGCGUGACUAAUCACAGACGCAUUCAUACAGGAGAGAAGCUGUAGCAAUGUCAUAUCUGUGGUAAAUUAUUUUAUGAAAAUAGAAUCUUAACUAAUCAGAUACAUAUUCACACAGAUGAGAAGUCAUAUCAUUGCGGUGUCUGUGGUAAGUCAUUCUCUGAUGGACCGAGGUUAACUGUUCGCAAAUACAUUCAUUCAAGUGUGAAAACCAUAUCACUGUGAAAUCUGUGGUAAAUCCUUCUCUCAAAAUGGUCGCGUAACUAUUCACAUACGCAUUCAUACAAGACAGAAGCCAUAUCACUGUGAUAUCUGUGGUAAAUCAUUCUCUACAUGGAGUGCCUUAUUUAAACACAAAUACAUUCAUACAGAAGAAAAGCCAUAUCAUUGUGAAAUCUGUGGUAAAUCUUUCUCUCGAAACGAUCACUUAACCAAGCACAAGCAUGUUCAUACAGACAGAGAACACAUUUCAUGAGGAAUAGAUUCAUUUCCCAAGUUACAGACAUUGUUUAUGAGUUUUAUUUUUCAAGCACAACAUCCAAAUUUUGAAAGUUUCUACUACCAUAACAAAUGCACCUGUGUCUUACCAAGAAGUUUAUAAAGAGCAAAGGAAUGCUUCUCAGUAAACAACUCUAGACUUGUUUCUUUGCUUGUGAAUCAGUGGUCACGUCUACUAAUGAUGGUGUCCCUGAGUCUUUUCAAAGUGAUUCAGAAAACAGUUAUAAUAAUAAUAUUUUGUCUAUUCUAAAUGAUCUUGACAUUGUUUUUGACUUUACAUAAAAUAUUCUUUACAUUCUA